AUGAAGUUCGGCAAGCAGAUCCAGCGGCGCCAGCUCGACCUGCCCGAGUACGCGGCCAGCUUCUUCAACUACAAGGCCCUCAAGAAGCUCAUCAAGCAACUCAGUGCGACGCCCACGAUCCCUGCGCAAGGCGCUACGCAAGAACCGUCCAGCGAUGUGCUCGACGCCCAGGCAGCCCUGCGCGCCAACAAGGAGGUCUUCUUCUUCCGGCUCGAGCGCGAGAUAGAGAAGGUCAAUGUCUUCUACCUGCAGAAGGAGGCCGAGUUCUCGCUGCGGCUCAAGACGCUGCUCGACAAGCAGAGAGUCAUCCAGUCGCGCCGCACGGUGUCGAAUUCAAAGGCCCCAGCGAACUUCGUCGCCUUGAUAGAGGGGUUUCAGCAGUUUGACGGUGAUUUGAACAAGUUGCAGCAAUUCGUAGAGGUCAAUGAGACAGCCGUGUCAAAGAUACUGAAGAAGUGGGAUAAAACAUCAAAGUCACGGACAAAAGAGCUCUACCUACAACGAGCGGUUGAAGUGCAACCAUGCUUCAACCGAGAAGUCCUUCGGGACCUCUCCGACCGCGCUACCACAGCCAGGCUGGAGCUUGAGGCAUGGGCAGAAGGCGAAAACAUCCAGUUUAACGCCCCCAGACAGGCAGACAGACCAGCCAGCAUAGCAGAGGAAGACGACAGCGAUCUGCAUAUCCUUAACUCUGCCGCUGCCACAGGGAACCUCCAGCCUCUGCGCGACUGGCUCAGCAAGAUCCAGCUCUCUCCAGAUGCUGCCGACCAUCUCACCCGCAUCUUUCUGACUGCAGUCAAUGAGUACCCAGAUGAAGUGCUCACUUUGCUGCUAGAGACUAACCUCGUCGACGUCCAUGCAGAGGACGAUAUCAACGAACGCAACUGUCUGCAUGAAGCCGUCAUCUCAGGCCGCCAGUUCGUCUUUGACGCCGCUCUCGAGCGUGGCGUCGACAUUUCGCAGGCUGACGUCUACGGCAGAAUUCCCCUGCAUUAUGCAUGUAUGCACGGUCGGGUCGGCAUGGUGCAUUCUCUACUUGAAAAGGGCCUAUCUACCAUCGACUUCACUGAUCAUGAUAACUUCACUCCUCUCAUUCACAGCAUCAUCAAGGACCAGGUCUCCUGCGUUGAACAGCUGCUCUCACACAAUGCCCGGAUCAACCCGGCCUCGGAGUCGGAUCACAUACCACUUAACCUUGCCUGCCAGCAUGCAUCCCUCGCUCUUAUAAAGAUACUACUUGAGCGUGACGCAAAGUUCCUGCCAGAUGCCGAGGGCCUAUACCCACAGCAUCUUGUAGCGCGCUCAUGUCGUUCAUCUGCAGUUCUCCUGCUCCUCAAAGACCACGGCGCAGACCUUGACCAGCGUGAUAAGCUGUACCAGUGGACUCCUUUGUUCCACGCGGCCGCAGAGGGCUGCGUUGGAUGUCUACGUACUCUACUCGAUUGUGGUGUCGAUGCGGAUGCUCUAGACGAAAAGGGUCUGCCUGCCAUGUACUACGCUGUCUGGGAGGGCCAUCUUGAAUGCAUGAAAUUGCUCUGGUCUCAGCGUGUAUCCCGCCCCAUUCCAGGACACACACCGCUUGAUGUCCUCAACAAUGGUCCCAGAUACCGUGAUGCCAUGACUGCAACCCUCACUCCAAUGAGUGACGAAAAGAAGGAUAUUCCUGCUCUUGAGGUCGACGGCAUCCCAGACCUCUCCCUCCCACCUCCCAUCAUCCCGCUUCGCCACUACGGCCACAACUUCUUAGACAACAAGACCUUCGUGCAGAUUCACUUCAAUCCACCAUCUGCCGACCCCAUUGUCUUCUACCAGACUGGCCGCUACGCUGCUGCACGAUUAACAAUAUCCUCCAAGAUGACAGACCUGAUCCCCCGUAAUGUCAUGCUGCCUCUACAAGAAGACUCGCGCUUCAUAUCAUUCCACAUUGAUAAGCUAGAAAACUUUGCCAUCGACUUUGAAAUAUUCCCUACUUUUGGUUCCAAAGUCAUUGCCAAAACAGUUGCUUUACCCGACGUUUUUGAGAACAACGGUAGAAGUUCUGGCCAUUGCUGUCUCCCCGUCUUUGACCCCCGGCUCAGAGCCAUUGGCGAGAUCCGCUUCAACUUCCAGGUCAUCAAACCGUACUACGGAGACCCGUUAGAGAUUACCCAUUUUGCUACCUACUGGAAAGCUACCAGUGCGUUCGAUGCAGAGCACAACGGCCAAGUCACUGGUUCCAGCUUGUCCGGAGACUAUGUCCAGAUAUUCGUCCAGAUGACCCGAGAUCUUGUACCGGUGCUAUAUCCCGAAUUCACGAUUAUGCAUCAUGGCGUCCGCUUACCCAUCGCACAUCUCUCCAUCGAAGAAUUUAAGGCUAUUGGCCGUGAACAUUCUCCAUCUAACUCCAUCACUGCUUCUUCCGAGUCAAACUCUACCAGCAGCAGCUCUACAAGCUCACUGCUCCCAUCCCUCGCUGCAAUGUCAAUAACCGAUAUCCCCACCGCGCACCGUCUCCUCGCCACAUCCUUUUUGACUCUAGAAGAGGUUCUCCUCCAUCUACCCACUUCCAUCCAUGUGAACCUCUGCAUCCUCUACCCUUCCCCAGCCGAGCAAAAGGAGCUCGAUCUCCGCCUCACUUUCAACAUCAACAAUUUUGCCGACUCCAUUCUCACACGGGUGUUUAAUCAUGCCCGGGCCUCCAGGCUGGCUAAUCCAGACUUUAUGAGAUCUGUUGUCUUUACCAGUUAUAAUGUCGGGAUAUGCGUGGCUUUGAACUGGAAGCAACCAAAUUACCCCGUGUUACUCUGCAACGAUCUUGGUCAACCCCGAGACUCAAAUACCAACACUACUCAAUCGCCCGCCUCACCUCCAUCCUCUUCAUCUCCAGCAAUCCAAUACAGCGGUCGUGCCUCACUCUCCAUUAAAGAAUCCGCCCGUAUCGCCCAAAGCAAUAAUCUUAUGGGCCUAAUGUGCCGAUCAAGCCUACUAAACGUAAUGCCAUCUCUGGCCGAAUCGAUAAAAGAGCUCGGUCUCGUGCUAGUGGCAGAUACGUCUGACGAUAGUGCUGAAAGGCGCCGGCACCAAAACGCAAACUCGACUUCGCACACCGGGUUCGGGGGAACGAAUGAUACCCUCUUCCGCAUGCCCGGCAACGUUAACGGGGUUAUGCGUGAGACUGGCGUGCUACGAUUUAACGACUCGAUUGAUAUGUGA